UUAUUGCAAUGAAACCACGUUUUGUGCCAACAAUUGUGAUUCAAAUCAUUGAUUAAUAAUUAAUAAAUCGUUGUAUAGUUUAAGGCCUGAAGACAAUUGUCUACAGUUAUGGACAGUUACAGCAGUUCCGCCAAAAUCCCAAUAACGGGUGCUUUGAUGCAAAACUACGUGCAAAAGGCGGCCACUCUUAUCGGCGAUGUGAUUAAGGUGGAAAAUGACGGCAAAAGAGCGACCAUUAAGACAACCGACGAUCAGUUCAUUCAGAUUGUGUUCACACAACCGCUGAUGACACCACUCACUAACCAAUGUCUGAUCGAAGUCUACGGCAUUGUCUUAAGUCGGACUCAAUUCCAAUGUCACAAAUACAAGACAUUCUCUCAAGAAAUGAGUGAUAAAUUUGAUCGGAAAACGUAUAACGAAUCCAUCGCUCAACACAUUAAGCCAUGCGAUGAACAAAUUAUAGACAUGCCUCCAGUUCUCACAUCCGAUGACAUUCGGCAACAAUUGGAUCAAUUGAUUGCGUCCAACAAAGUGCUGCUCUUCACUACUUCCACUUGUCGUCUCAAUGUAAUGGUGAAGGAGUUGUUCAAGUCUUUGAAUGUGGAGAUAGUUGUGGUUCAGUUGGAUGUGAUUGCAAGGGGACGGGAGUUACGACAGGCUCUGACCGCACGGGUCGGCCGCCCAUCUCUGCCGCAGGUGUUUAUCGCUGGCAAACACAUCGGCGGUUGUGAUGACACACAUCGGGCCAGAGAUGACGGACUGUUGGCUAAACUAUUGAAAGGACACGACUAUGACCUGAUUGGGAGCGGAUCUGAAGAAUUGGCCGCAUUGACACGUGUCAGAACAGCAUCG